UGCGGCUGCAAGAAUUAGAAAAAAAAGGGGAGAGGAAAAAAAAAAAAAAAAAGAGAAGCUGAGGCUAUUGACUACAUCAAAGGUUAUCCAUUUGAAAACACCAUUUUCCUCUGAAGAGCGGCUAAUUGCUUCCUGAACAAUCCCAGGGUCUUUUGUAUAUACUCAGUGGGUAAAAUGAGUGACUUGAUGUCUCUCUCUCAAGACACUGGUGACCGAACAGGGCGGAAAGGUGGAGAAGCCAAGGAAAAGCAAUGGGGCAGAUGCCUCUGGGAGGAUGCAUGGAUGAUUUCUUAAGUGGCUGCAAGGAGGGAAGGUUUUUUUCUUCUUCCCGCUCGCCGCCGAGUGAUCUGCUGGUGCCAGUGGAUGCCGGCAGCGGUGUGGCGACACGGGGCUAUAAGGAAGGCUGGGUUGACUGGACUGGCUGUGCCCACGAUGCCCUGAAUGCUGAGCGCAGCAGAAGCAGAGGAGAGUGUAUCCCAUUAGCUCCUCUUCCCUCCCCCAUCCCUUUAGUUUGGGUUUGUUUCUAUUUAUUUUGUGGCUGGGUUUGGCCAUGGCCUUGGCUGGAUGUGAGGCUGCUGCAAUGUGGCUCCUUUGGCUCAAGCACCACUUCUCCAUCCACAUUUGGACCUUGCUGCUCUUGGGGACCACCUGGCUACCACUGGCGGAAGGCAGCCCCAAAUCUCCCUUUAGGACUUUCCUGGUUACAGACUGGAGCUUGACACACUUGGUGGUCCAUAACAAAACCGGGGAGGUCUACGUGGGGGCUGUCAAUCGGAUCUACAAGCUCUCCAAUAACCUCACACUCCUGCGGACCCACGUGACGGGGCCCGUGGAGGACAAUGAGAAGUGUUACCCUCCACCCAGUGUCCAAUCCUGCCCACAUGGGCUGGUUACCACCAACAACGUGAACAAACUGCUGCUGGUGGACUACUCGGGGAAUCGACUGAUUGCCUGCGGCAGUGCCUCCCAGGGGAUUUGCCAGUUCCUGCGGCUGGAUGACCUCUUCAAGUUGGGUGAGCCCCACCACCGCAAGGAACACUACCUCUCCAGUGUCAACGAGUCGGGCACCAUGUCUGGUGUCAUCAUUGAGGUGCUGAAUGGGCAGAACAAGCUCUUCAUUGGGACGCCCAUUGAUGGGAAGUCAGAGUACUUCCCCACUCUUUCCAGCCGCAAGCUGAUGGCCAAUGAGGAGAACGCGGAGAUGUUUGGCUUUGUCUACCAGGAUGAAUUUGUCUCCUCGCAGCUCAAAAUCCCCUCGGAUACACUCUCCAAGUUCCCCACCUUUGACAUCUACUACAUCUACAGCUUCAGCAGCGAGCAGUUUGUUUACUACCUGACCCUGCAGCUGGACACCCAGCUGACCUCUCCUGACUCCACUGGGGAGCAGUUUUUCACCUCCAAGAUCGUCCGCCUCUGUGUGGAUGACCCCAAGUUCUACUCCUAUGUGGAAUUCCCCAUUGGCUGCGUGCAGGAUGGCAUCGAAUACCGCCUGAUCCAGGAUGCCUACCUGACCAAGCCUGGCAAGGCUUUGGCCAAGUACCUGGGUGUCUCAGAGCAGGAGGAUAUCCUCUUCACCAUCUUCUCCCAGGGCCAGAAAAAUAGGGUUAAGCCUCCCAAGGAGUCUGUGCUCUGCCUCUUCACGUUGAAGAAGAUCAAGGAUAAGAUCAAGGAGCGUAUCCAGUCAUGCUACAGAGGGGAAGGGAAACUCUCACUGCCCUGGCUCUUGAAUAAGGAGCUGGGCUGCAUCAACUCACCGCUGCAGAUUGACGACAAUUUCUGUGGCCAGGAUUUUAACCAGCCGCUGGGUGGGACUGUCACCAUCGAGGGGACCCCACUCUUUGUGGAUAAGGAGGAUGGGAUGACCUCGGUGGCUGCCUAUGACUACAGAGGACAAACUGUUGUCUUUGCAGGCACACGGAGCGGGAAGAUCAAAAAGAUCCUUGUGGACUUGCCAGCUGAGAGGAAGCACCAAGCUCUGCAGUACGAGAAUGUUGUGGCCCAUGAAGGCAGCUCUAUCCUGCGAGACCUGGUGUUGAGCCCUGACCGUCAGCACAUAUAUGCCAUGACUGAGAAACAGGUGAUGCGUGUGCCGGUGGAGAGCUGUGAGCAGUAUGAGAGCUGUGAGCUGUGCCUGGGCUCCCGGGACCCCCACUGUGGCUGGUGUGUCCUCCACAACAUCUGCUCCCGCAAGGACCGGUGUGAGCGGGCGGACGAGCCGCAGCGCUUCGCCUCCGACCUGCAGCAGUGUGUGCAGCUCACCGUGCAGCCCAAGAACAUCUCGGUCACCAUGUCCGAGGUCCCGCUGGUCUUGCAGGCCUGGAAUGUCCCAGACCUGUCGGCAGGAGUCAACUGCUCCUUUGAAGACUUCACCGAGUCAGAGAGCCGCAUUGAGGAUGGGAAGAUCUACUGCAGCUCUCCCUCUGCCAAGGAUGUCAUCCCCAUCACCAGGGGCCGCGGUGACAAGCGAGUGGUGAAGCUCUACCUGAAAUCCAAGGAGACAGGGAAGAAAUUUGCCUCUGUGGAUUUUGUUUUCUACAACUGCAGCGUCCAUCAGUCCUGCCUGUCCUGUGUGAACGGCUCCUUCCCCUGCCACUGGUGCAAGUACCGCCACAUCUGCACACACAACGCUGCUGACUGCUCUUUCCUGGAGGGACGUGUCAAGCUCUCUGAGGACUGCCCUCAGAUCCUGCCUUCCACCCAGAUCUACAUCCCCGUGGGUGUGGUGAAACCCAUCACCCUGACAGCCAAGAACCUGCCGCAGCCGCAGUCUGGCCAGCGCAACUAUGAGUGCAUCUUCCACAUCCCCGGCAGCACCACCCGCGUCACCGCGCUGCGCUUCAACAGCACCAGCAUCCAGUGCCAGAACACCUCGUAUUUCUAUGAAGGGAAUGACAUCAGUGACCUGCCUGUCAACUUGUCUGUGGUCUGGAAUGGGAACUUUGUCAUUGACAACCCCCAGAACAUCCAGGCCCACCUGUACAAGUGCUCGGCUCUGCGGGAGAGCUGUGGCCUGUGCCUCAAGGCUGACCCACGCUUCGAGUGCGGCUGGUGCGUGUCGGAGCGGCGCUGCUCCCUGCGCCAGCACUGCCUGGCUUACGAGAACAGCUGGAUGCAUGCCAGCAGCGGCAACAGCCGCUGCACUGACCCCAAGAUCACCAAGUUGUUCCCUGAGACCGGCCCCAGACAAGGAGGGACCCGUCUGACCAUCACUGGCGAGAACCUGGGCCUGAAGUUUGAAGAUGUUCGCUCGGGUGUCCGAGUGGGCAAAGUGCCGUGCAGCCCCAUCGAGAGCGAGUACAUCAGUGCUGAGCAGAUCGUGUGUGAAAUCGGAAAUGCCAGCCUGAGCAAGGUGCAUGAGGCACGGGUAGAAGUGUGCAUCCGUGACUGCACGCCCAGCUACCGGGCCAUAUCCCCCAAGACCUUCACCUUUGUGAUGCCCACUUUCUCCCGUGUGGUCCCAGCCCGGGGUCCGCUCUCUGGCGGCACCUGGAUCGCCAUUGAAGGCACCCACCUCAAUGCCGGCAGCAACGUCUCCGUGACCAUCGGGGGACGGCCCUGUGCUUUUUCAUGGAGAAGUGCCCGUGAGAUUCGGUGCAGGACCCCCCCAGGGCACACCCCCGGUGGCUCCCCCAUCCUCAUCAACAUCAACCAGGCAGAGCUGAGCAACCCAGAGGUGAAGUACAACUACACAGAGGACCCCACCAUCCAGAAGAUUGAUCCUGAAUGGAGCAUCAACAGUGGUGGGACAUUGCUGACUGUGACUGGCACCAACCUGGCCACCAUCAAAGAGCCUAGGAUCCGGGCCAAGUACUGCAACUCUGAAAGGGAGAAUAACUGCACUGUCUACAAUGACACCACCAUGGUGUGCUAUGCUCCCUCCAUUGACAACCCUGUGCGGAGCCCUCCAGAGCUUGGCGACCGCCCGGAUGAGAUCGGCUUUGUCAUGGAUAACGUCCAGGCCCUGCUGAUCAUCAACACCACCAAUUUCGUCUACUACCCAGACCCUGUCUUUGAGCCACUCAGCCCCACAGGGAUGCUGGAACUGAAGCCCAGCUCUCCCCUCAUUCUCAAGGGCAGGAACCUGCUCCCGCCGGCUGCUGGUAACUCCCGCCUCAACUACACGGUGCUGAUUGGAGACACUCCCUGCACCCUCACAGUGUCUGAGACACAGCUCCUUUGCGAGUCCCCUAACCUCACUGGCCAACACAAAGUCACAAUCAAGGCUGGAGGGUUUGAGUUCUCGCCGGGGAUGCUGCAGAUCUACUCAGACAGCCUGCUCACUCUGCCUGCCAUCAUCGGGAUCGGUGGCGGCGGCGGCCUGCUCCUCCUCAUCAUCAUCAUCGUCCUCAUCGCCUACAAGCGCAAGUCCCGGGAUGCUGACCGCACCCUGAAACGUCUCCAGCUGCAGAUGGACAACCUGGAGUCCCGGGUGGCCCUGGAGUGCAAAGAGGCCUUUGCUGAGCUGCAGACAGACAUCAACGAGCUGACCAACGACCUGGAUGGGGCUGGCAUCCCUUUUCUGGAUUACCGCACCUACGCCAUGCGGGUUCUCUUCCCGGGGAUAGAAGACCACCCUGUGCUGAAAGAGAUGGAGGUCCAGGCUAAUGUGGAGAAGUCCUUGACCCUCUUUGGUCAGCUUCUGAACAAGAAGCACUUCUUGCUGACCUUCAUCCGUACUCUGGAGGCCCAGCGGAGCUUCUCCAUGCGCGACCGCGGCAACGUGGCCUCCCUCAUCAUGACGGCACUGCAGGGUGAGAUGGAGUAUGCCACGGGGGUGCUGAAACAGCUCCUGUCCGACCUUAUUGAGAAGAACUUGGAAAGCAAGAACCACCCCAAGCUGCUCUUGCGGAGAACGGAGUCAGUGGCAGAGAAGAUGCUGACAAAUUGGUUCACGUUUCUGCUGUACAAGUUUCUGAAGGAAUGUGCUGGAGAACCACUCUUCAUGCUCUACUGUGCCAUCAAGCAGCAGAUGGAGAAGGGACCCAUUGAUGCCAUCACAGGAGAGGCUCGUUACUCCCUCAGUGAGGACAAGCUCAUCCGGCAGCAGAUUGACUACAAAAUGUUGACCCUCAACUGCGUGAACCCUGAGAAUGAGAACGCCCCAGAGAUCCCUGUCAAGGUGCUGAAUUGCGACACCAUCACGCAGGUGAAGGAGAAGCUGCUGGAUGCUGUGUACAAGGGUGUGCCCUAUUCCCAGCGACCUAAAGCUGGAGACAUGGACCUGGAGUGGCGGCAGGGCAGGAUGGCCCGCAUCAUACUACAGGAUGAAGAUGUCACCACAAAAAUUGACAAUGACUGGAAGAGGCUGAACACUCUGGCCCACUACCAGGUGACGGACGGCUCCUCGGUAGCUCUGGUGCCCAAGCAGAACUCAGCAUACAACAUCUCCAACUCCUCCACCUUCACCAAGUCCCUCAGCAGAUAUGAGAGCAUGCUGAGGACAGCCAGCAGCCCCGACAGCCUGCGCUCGCGGACACCCAUGAUCACCCCCGACCUGGAGAGUGGCACAAAGCUCUGGCAUCUGGUGAAAAACCACGACCACAUGGACCAGCGGGAGGGUGACCGGGGCAGCAAGAUGGUCUCGGAGAUCUACCUGACCCGUCUGUUAGCCACCAAGGGCACUCUGCAGAAAUUUGUGGAUGACCUGUUUGAGACCAUCUUCAGCACAGCUCACCGUGGGAGUGCACUGCCCCUCGCCAUCAAAUACAUGUUUGAUUUCCUGGAUGAACAAGCUGAUAAGCAUCAGAUCAAUGAUUAUGAUGUCAGGCACACCUGGAAGAGUAACUGUCUACCUCUACGUUUUUGGGUGAAUGUGAUUAAGAACCCCCAGUUUGUGUUCGACAUUCACAAGAACAGUAUUACUGAUGCCUGCCUAUCUGUGGUGGCUCAGACAUUCAUGGACUCCUGCUCAACUUCUGAGCACAAGCUAGGAAAGGAUUCUCCCUCCAACAAACUACUGUACGCUAAGGACAUCCCCAACUACAAGAGCUGGGUAGAAAGAUAUUAUGCAGAUAUAGCUAAAAUGCCAGCGAUCAGUGACCAGGACAUGAGCGCGUACCUGGCGGAGCAGUCGCGGUUACACCUCAGCCAGUUCAACAGCAUGAGUGCCCUGCAUGAGAUCUACUCCUACAUCACCAAGUACAAGGAUGAGAUUUUAGCUGCAUUGGAGAAGGAUGAGCAGGCCCGGAGGCAGCGACUGCGAAGUAAGCUGGAGCAGGCGAUCGACACAAUGGCCUUAAGCAGCUGAGAAGGCAGCGGCGGCGCCAGAGUCAGCAGCGGGGGCGGCAGGACGGAUGGACAGAGGGACAGAGGGAGGGAGGGAGGAAGGACCAGCCAGCGGCAGCUGCGGGCACAAGACUUUGGGGCUGGGACUGGCUGGGCCUGCGGGAGCUGCCGCGCCUCCGCACGCUUCCCACGGACAAACAUGGAAACCUCGCGCUUUAGCGGAAAAAACCACAAAUCCCGACGACAGCAGCAGCGUCGCUAGAAUUCCCUGACCCACAGACAACCCCCCCCAGUCCAACCAGGAUGCAGCAGGGACCUUGCAGAGAGGCAAUGCCGAGCUGAGAAGGGGGUUGCCUGCCCCAUGGACCCGCUGGGCAUCCAUUGCCUGCACAGAGCCCCUGAGCCCGCAAAGAAGGAGGGUCGGGACCGUGGGGCUUUCUAGGAAGGCGUUUGGAUGUUGUUGUUACUUUGGUGAAGGGAGGGUGGGUGGGCUCCUAUUUUUACUGUACUUGACUUGCUCUCCCUUCCUCCCAGCUGUCCACCCCCUCUCCUCCUCCUCCUCUCUCUUUUUCUGUCUCUUCCCCCUUCUCUCUCUCUCUGGCCUUCUGCCACUAGUGUUAACUGCUAUAUUUGCACAAUUUACACAAGACAAACAAAAUUUUUAAUUUAAAGGAAAAAAAUUAUAACAAAAAAUGGGAAGGGAAAAAAUAUUCUGAAUUUUUUGCAACAAACUAACAAAAACGAUUUUAAGAGAUAAGCUAAAGGACUGAUGCUGGGGAGAUUUGGGGUUGGGGCUUUAGGGGUGGGCAGGAAAGGGAGAAAUUCCUGAGCUUUGAUAUUUCUAAAAUAUGUCCUGUGCCAUGUUUUAUUUGAAUGUUGUUUAGUGCAAAAAAAAAUUGAAGAAAAAAAAAGUUGGGAGUUUUGUUAGCUGGAUAGAUGCUGUUAUUUUAAUGCUGCUGAGUGGUUCUGGAGGUCAAAAUCAGAGAGGAAGGGAGACCCCAAGGCUGUUUUUUUUUUCCUGGGUGAUUGUGGAGGGACGGUUGAUGUUUUCUUGAGCUUCCCCUUGUUUUCCUGGUUUGGUGGCCAUGGGAUGGUCUGGGCAGUGCUGCCUGCUCCUGCCUGUCCUGGGAUGAUGUGGGGUGGAGAAUGGUUGUGGGGCCUGGGGGGCUGUCAGGAGGGUUGAUGGUGAGCCAGCCUGGCUUUUUGUGGCAGAUUCUCUGGCACUGGAGCCACCUUAACAAAGCCCCUUUAGGUUUUUUUCCCAUCCUCUUUUUGUACUGAUGCAGGGGAAGGGACCAGAUCCCCAGUGAAAGGGAAGGCAGCCCCUCUGCACUCCUGACUGAUAUCCCCCCUGGCAAACCCCUCUGCAUUCCCAGCCCUCGGAGGGACUGAGAUUCUGGCUGCCGUGGGGCUGUCACCUGCUCUUCCACCUGGGGACCCCAAAUGUGUGUAGGACCUUCCAUCCAAGACUGACCUUUCUUUCUCUGUCUUUUCCUUCUUUCUCUCCCUUUCUCUCCUUGCUGUCACCCCUUCUCCCCUCCGCUGCCUCUGCCCUGACGAGGCUUCACUGGAGACCUGAGGUCUCUCCCUCAGCUUCCCCCUUGGAAAUGUCAGUUCCUUGCGAGUUUAUGCUUUCCAGAGAUGAAAAGGUGCUGAACGCUGCCCUGAAUGGCAGUAGGUGACCAAAAACUUCAAAAAAAAAAGAGCAAAACCCUUUCCUUUUCUGUACUGAGAACUCCUGUCACUGCCCAGGCCACGGCACAUGGGGCCACACUCUGCCAGGAGCGGAUGCCUGUCGAAAUCCAAGUGGAGAGAAGCCCAGCUGAUUUCUGUCCAUUCCCUUAAAUUGCAAGUUAAGGGGGGGAGAGGGAGAAAUAAUGAAGUUUUUAAUUAAAAAAAAAAAUAAAAGUGUGUAUAUAUAUAUAUGUGGUUACAAUCUAAUUCUCGUGCCCCAGUGGGGUGCUGUAUAGUUAACUGAAGGAGAAUUGAACCAGUAUAAAAAUGAGAUGGAUUUAUACAGCCAGUUAAAACAAAACAAACAACCACUGGAAAAAAAAAUUAAAAAUAAAAAAAAAUUAAAAAAAAAUUAAAAAAGGAUACCAAAUGGUCUGAAAGGAACUUCCAAGCCUUUCUCACCAUGCAGAACAAUAGUUUGAAGCCUGCACAUCUCUCAUUAUGUUGUAAUUUUGUUUGGUUUUGUUUUGUUUUAAUAAAGGAAAGGAGAGAAGAUGCUGAUUAAAAAAGAAAAAAAGAAAAAAAUGACAAAAGAAUCCAACCACAACAGCAAAACUAUGUUUGAAAAAGAA